UAUAAAUUCAUAUGAAUACCAAUAAAUCAACUAAUACUUAAGAACUCUCAGAUGAAGGUACUAAAUUAAUUUAUAAUCCUUUUAGAAUUUAUGAAACUUCAUGCAAAAUAAUUCUAUAAAACUCAUGGAUAAUUGAUUGGUAGUAAAUAGUCUUACAUUCCAAUUCCAAAAGAUAGUAAUCAUAAUGGAAAAUUCACUGAUGUAAUGAUAUUAUUCAUUUUAGCACUUAUUAAUGGCAACAAUGUAUAGAAAUAAUAGUUUGAAUACAACUUGUGAUAAGGAACGUUGGAUAAAUGGUUCAAAAGAUUGGAUGGAACAUUUAUAAUGA